CCAGUUUCUCCUGGUGCUUUGUGAUGUCAGUCUGCAUUCUGGCAAGUGGAGGGUAAGAGAGGAGACCAGAGCGUGGGGAGCUCUCAAAGAAUAUCCUGGAAGUUUUGGGCAAAAUUUCUGCUUUUUUGGUGGGUGGGAAUUCUUUUGGAUGCUCGCGUUGAUGUGAUAGAGGUAGGCAAGGACCCUUGGUUCUGCAGGGAGCACAUUAUGGGGAAUUUAAAGGUGUGGAACGGGGUGGUGAUAAGCGAUAUCUGCUGAAAUUCCUUUUUCUCCAUGACUUCUGAAGACAUGUUCUCUUUUCCACUUGGUGACCCUACUGAAGAGAGCUCUUAUUUGACCAGGGGGCACCCAGAGAAAAAGAAUGAACUCACGAAUUCUUACCUGCUGGGUUGUACUUUUCUGUUCAUCCACUCCAAAGAUCGAUCCAAAUGGCCUCGCUGCUGUUUCGUCUGUUGUGUAGUAGGCGUUAACGAUCAGUCAAUUUCCCUUCUAAUGGGGCCCACCUGAUUAAUGAGAAGUGAAUGAAAAAUAGAAUAUUUGCAUUUCUUCCAGGUUCAACAUUAAGAGAGUAAAGGGAAAGUUCCUGUUGCUCUCGCUCUUUGCCCCAUUUCUGAGGUCACAUGGGGAAAUUUCUCAGGUGCGCCUUUGUGUCAACCUAGCUCACGGAUCUUAAAUAUUGAGCAGCUGUUAUUAUAAACAGUUUAAUAGGGCAAUAUGCUAGGCAGUCACACCAAAGGCACAAAGGAAAGCCAUUUCCUCUUUCCCGGGCUAAACAUACCCAGCUCCUUCAACCAUUCUUCAAAAGGUGGAUCUUGAAUAUUGAGCAGCUCCUUCAACCAUUCCUCAUAAGGUUUGGUUUCCACAUCCUUGAUCAUCUUGGUCACCCUCCUCUGCACAUCUUCCAACUUGUCAAUAUCCUUCUUAAAAUGGUGGCACCCAUAACUGAUCACAGUACUCCAAGUGUUCUGUAAAUUUCUUUAACAAGUUAAAAAUAAAUAAACAUUAGCUUUCGGGCAUGAAUGUGAAUUCUGCAUAGCAGAUUGGGGGGCACAGGAAGAGGAGAGAGAAAUUUUGCUGUGUAACUCUCAAGGAUAAUACACAGAUCAACUUUAUUAAUAACUCUGUUCAUCAAAAUAUCUGUAUUUUAUGUCAGAAAAAUUCUUCGGCAAGUGAGAUGGCUGAGAUGCAGAGGAAAUACAGAGUGACGUAAUUCUAGAAAAUCUCUGCUGUAUCACAUUCUCAUUUUGCUCAAUUAGUGGCACUCAGAAUUGCAAAGGACAAUUCCAUUAGAGUAAAUGGGAGUUGCAGAAGAGCAUUCUGGUACUUACCGUAUUUUUCGCACCAUAGGACGCACCGGACAAUAGGACGCACUUUGUUUUAGAGAGGGGAGAACACGGAAAAAAAUCUCCCCCUCUCUGCCCAGCGCCCCUUCAGCGAAGCGGCAGGAGGCGCUGUGCAGAGAGGGGAAGAACUUUCCCCCUCUUGUUUUCCCGCUCUAAAACAAGGUGCCGUUUAAGGUGCGUUCAGGCGGCUACCUCGGAAGCCUGGAGAGCGAGAGGGGUCGGUGUGCACUGACCCCUCUCGCUCUCCAGGCUCAGGUCCUUUCGACCUGCUCUUUGGGGCUGGCGGGGAAGCCCACCACCAGCCCCAAAGAGCAGGUCAGGAGCAGCGGAAAGGCGCAGCGGAGAGGCUCCUGCCAUAGCCGCGCGUCACCUCUCCAGCCGGGAGAGGGUCGCGGGGCUAUGGCGUCUUCGCUCCAUAGCACGCACACACAUUUCCUCUUCAUUUUUGAAGGGGGAAAAGUGCGUCCUAUAGAGCAAAAAAUACGGUAAUUUCAUUUCAACGGGUUUGGAAAAGGAUAAUUCUCCAAUGGAUUACGCUCAAGGAUAUUUGCUGUACUGGAUUUGAUGUUAAUGCCCUACAACUUAGUGGAGAGCUGUCAACAGCAAUUUAUUUUGUUCCUCUCUCAUAGAUUCAUUUAUGUAUAUAUAUAUAUGGCAACUUAUGGAAGCCAUUCCUGGAAGUUGAGAGUGUCAGCAGCUUUCCAGAGACGUCCCUUGGGCCUACAAAUCAUAUGAAAAAGAAUGGUGGGUUUUUAGAAAAGGAAGAAAAAGGACAGAAAUGUUACCAAAGUAUAAGAGACUGAAAAAUAAUAUUGGCAUUCGUGAAGAUGGUUGAUAACUUUGUUGUAUUUUUCUGCAGCUAUUCCUAAUUAGUUCAUUUUCUGCUGGGGUUUUUGGUAGCUAAUUUUUCUAAAGUUACUGGGGUAUUGCGAUUCAUUGUUAGAGUGCUUUGAUAAGUUAAUAAUGAGUUUUGUAGUUUCCUUGAAUUAUUUGCAUUGCUAUUUAUGAUAUUGUUCUGCUUUGGUUUUGCUGUCUCCUUUAGGCUUUCUUCGGACUGGAAAAGUGGAAUGUAAAUAUAGAUCUUUAAAAGAAUCUGCUUCAGAUAGUGAUUGUAAUACUGUUUGUUUAACACUUUUUAUUAUCCUCCAGAAGCUAAGUGAAAUAUAAGAGUCGCAAAGUGAUUUCAUGCUCUUUAUUCAGCUCAUAGUGGUGAGGAGGAAUGAAUGAAAGUCCCCUCAAAGUAUCUGCUUUAUAUACAUUAUUUACACAAUGGGCUGCACAUGAUUGGCUAAUUCCGGAAUUCUACUGUAAGCCAAUCAGGUUGUGGAUUCACUUCUAUCUGGAGCAUGAUUGGGUGGUUCCUGCCAACCAAUCAUACUGCUGCAUUGUUCUAGGACCAAUCAGACUGCUGCAUUCUGAAGCCAGCAGAGCCAAUACAGCACUCUAGCUCAGUGGGUAGAGCAUUAGACUCUUAAACUCAGGGUUCGAGCCCCAUGUUCGGCAGAAGGUUGGACUAGAUGACCCUUGUGGUCCCUUCCAACUCUCUCCCUCCCCUCCCUCUCUCCCUCCUCGUAAACAACAUGAGACUCUGCCCUUAUAUCAUAUUCCGAGAGGACAAUAAAUGGGACAUAUUUUAGGGUGGUAUAUUGAACCACGAGACUGUUUUGUCCACGAGACUGUAAUGAAUCCACUUUGUGGACUUUUGUAGAUAUGUAACUUUGAAAACUCUGUGUUUCCUACCUCCAGUAAUAGAUGAUAGGGAUUUAUUUAUUUUUUUAAGGGAGAAUGUUGUGUCUUGCCAGGGAGCCUCAGAAUUUUAAGUUAACGCUUUGUUUUUUUUAGGGUUUACAUAAUUUUAAAGGGAUUGAAUGUUGUGGUUUUGAAAUCCAGAAUUUUGCUUCUGCUUUUACAGAGUUUUAUUUGAGUCUGUGUUUGUUUUUAUUGACAUUAACCUGUGUUGAUUUUUUACAAAUACAUAAUUCCCUUCUGAUUUGUAAAAGGUCUGGUGACUAGAUUCUGAUUUGUAAAAGGUCUGGUGACUUAUUCAACAUCUUUAUCAACGACUUGGAUGAUGGACUCAAGGGCAUCCUGAUCAAAUUUGCAGAUGACACCAAACUGGGAGGGGUGGCUAACACCCCAGAGGACAGGAUCACACUUCAAAACGACCUUGACAGAUUAGAGAACUGGGCCAAAACAAACAAGAUGAAUUUUAACAGGGAGAAAUGUAAAGUAUUGCACUUGGGCAAAAAAAUGAGAGGCACAAAUACAAGAUGGGGACACCUGGCUUGAGAGCAGUACAUGUGAAAAGGAUCUAGGAGUCAUGGUUGACCACAAACUUGACAUGAGCCAACAGUGUGACGCGGCAGCUAAAAAGCCAAUGCAAUUCUGGGCUGCAUCAAUAGGAGUAUAGUAUCUAGAUCAAGGGAAGUAAUAGUGCCACUGUAUUCUGCUCUGGUCAGACCUCACCUGGAGUACUGUGUCCAGUUCUGGGCACCACAGUUCAAGAAGGACACUGACAAACUGGAACGUGUCCAGAGGAGGGCAACCAAAAUGGUCAAAGGCCUGGAAACGAUGCCUUAUGAGGAACGGCUAAGGGAGCUGGGCAUGUUUAGCCUGGAGAAGAGGAGGUUAAGGGGUGAUAUGAUAGCCAUGUUCAAAUAUAUAAAAGGGUUAGAUGUCACAUAGAGGAGGGAGAAAGGUUGUUUUCUGCUGCUCCAGAGAAGCAGACACGGAGCAAUGGAUCCAAACUACAAGAAAGAAGAUUCCACCUAAACAUUAGGAAGAACUUCCUGACAGUAAGAGCUGUUCGACAGUGGAAUUUGCUGCCAAGGAGUGUGGUGGAGUCUCCUUCUUUGGAGGUCUUUAAGCAGAGGCUUGACAACCAUAUGUCAGGAGUGCUCUGAUGGUGUUUCCUGCUUGGCAGGGGGUUGGACUCGAUGGCCCUUGUGGUCUCUUCCAACUCUAUGAUUCUAUGAUUCUAUACAAAUAAACAAAUCUGAAUUAAGCUGAAUAUGGCCCUCUGGAAAUUUAACUCUAGUUGUAAUUCCUCUUUAUUGCAGAUGACAGAGAGUAUCGACUGGUUGCAGAGCCAGAGUGGAUUGUGUAAAGUUGAUCGUUAUACUGCAAGUGAUGAGGAGGACCAGAACUGGACAGUAAGAAAUAGAUAGUUAUUUCGGCAUAAUUGCUUUCUGGAGACUAAUGUUCUUGCUUCUUAAUGUGCUAGGACUGAAGAUGUGUUUGAUCCUUUACGUUUGAGCUCAGGUGCCGACAGUAUUUCCUGGGUUCGGUACACUAUAUGUGAAUUGGGUUCUCUGACCCAGUGACAAAGAGCACAUAGAUUUGCAUAAAAUGUGUUUUCCUUUGCAGGUGGAGUGGAAGGCCCCAAAAUAAGCCAGCAGCCACAAAUGUACAGUCAUACCUCGGGUUGAAUGUGCUUCGGGAUGAGCGUGUUCGAGUUGUGCUCCGUGGCAACCUGGAAGUAACAGAGUGCGUUACUUCCGGGUUUCGCCGCUUGCGCAUGCGCAGACGCUCAAAAUGACUUCACGCGCAUGCGCAGAAGCACCGAAACAUGACCUGCGCACGCGCAGAUGCACGGACACGAUUUACGUUUGCUUCUAGAUGCGAACGGGGCUCCGGAACGGAUCCCGUUCGCAUCUAGAGGUACCACUGUAAUGUCUACCAGACAGAAUCUGAACUGGUGAAGCUUUUCCCCAUAGUUCUGCUUCCAUGCCAGAAAAGGCCUGUUCAAUUUCUGUCUGCCACAGGGGUGUUAAAGGCUUCUCCCAGUACUACAUGGCUUCUCCCAGUACUAGCUCUAAGCCAAGGCCUAGGUUCCCAUCCCGUAUCUACUUAUCUGGGAGUAAGUCCCAAGAAACAGACAGAGACUUCUAUUAUAGCUUAGUUGCAUCACACAUUGGGGUUACAUUCCAGAGGCAGCACAUAUACACGGAAAUCAUAUAUAGCUAUUUUUUUGACUGACAAGGGGCGGAAACCCCACAGGAAGCCCUACCCCGUUGUCUCCCUUGUCUUCCCUCACUCCUCCACAUGCGAGCAGGGAUGGAGGAAGAGGGUGCAAUGGAUGCAGACCACCCCAGGUGUCACCACUGAGGGGGGUGACAAAAUGCCAGACAGCACACUUUUCCUGGACCAGGCAAUCAAUAUCCAUUAGAAUGGCACUUGUGACUUUUCAGUGUUUCCCAGAAUCAAAAGAGCGAGGAAGUUGUACUUACUGACUACAGUGGUACCUCGGGUUAAGUACUUAAUUCAUUCCAGAGGUCCGUUCUUAACCUGAAACUGUUCUUAACCUGAAGCACCACUUUAGCUAAUGAGGCCUCCUGCUGCUGCCGCGCCGCUGGAGCACGAUUUCUGUUCUCAUCCUGAAGCAAAGUUCUUAACCCGAGGUACUAUUUCUGGGUUAGCGGAGUCUGUAACCUGAAGCAUAUGUAACCCGAGGUACCACUGUACAAUAACCACGGGAACUAAACCGUUGUGAAAUUGUCUUUUGUUUGCUGUUUAGACCGACUCAGCCAAGCUUUUUCAGCAAACUGCCUCUGACCCGCUCAAAGUCUUAAGCUGGCUCCGAAAAGAUCUGGAAAACUGUGCCAUCGGAGUCCAGAAUGUGUUGAAUGCCAGUAACAACGCAGGGGGUGCAAAAUCGAGGGACCCGUCCACGACGAGGCAAAACAUGCCGCAACGCAAUGUGCGUUCCCCGGGCGGUUUCAGUGUCUGCGAUGAGGAAUUCAGUGUGAACGUCAGCUCCAACAGGGCUUCGCCCACCUUCCACUUGUCCAUGAAGGCUUCUUGUCAGAAGGAAUCCAAAGAUGAAGAAAGCGAUGGGUCUACUUCACCAAACACAAACCCUGAUCCGGAUGACGUAUCUUUUUAUUGCAAUAGGCUUUCCAACCUUGCCAUAGCUAUGGCCCGGAAAGAGAUGAACGACCGGUCAGAUGGCAACAACACAUGCAUACAUAAGUCGCUUUAUGGCCCUGCUGGGGACCACGGCCACAGGUCUAUCGGUGUGGGUACGGAGGACAUCAAGCACAAUGUACCACCCAAGAUGUGUGAAGGCGAAUACGAAGAAACCCCAGCUUCUAAGAAGAAGACCGCCUUUUAUUACAAAGAAGAAAAUGCAGAAAUACCCAAUAAGAGUGACCCUUACAGGGACGGGAUCAAAGGCUGCAACCGCAAGAAGCGCUUUGGUCCAGACGAGUACAGCAACUCCCUGAGCAAAGGCAUAUUGGUUUACGCCAACAACGUGGUUUCCGAUAUGAUGGUCUCGGUUAUGAAGACCAUGAAGGUGAAGGUGAACGACUCAAACAUCGCUUGUGCCGUGUUGAAGAAGGUUCUGCUGAAGCACUCCAAAGAGGUUGUAUCUGAUUUCAUAGACUCCUGCAUGAAGAACUUACACGAUGUCACCGGAACGCUCAUGACCGACUCUGACUUUGUUUCCGCCGUGAAGCGAAGCCUCUUCACGCAGGGAAGUCAGAAGGCCUCCGAAAUUGUCCAAGCCAUGCUGAAUCGGUUACACAACGCUUUGAUUGUGCAGAAGCACGUGAGCGAUAGGGGAAAGUCUCAGAGCAUGGCCUUUGCCAGUGUCAAGACAGGCUCCGGACAUGAUGGAAAGUCUCAAAACAUGAGGUUUUCUGCCACCAAAACAGAAUCUUGCAAAGAGAAAGAAAUGACCUGCGCAGAAACCGUGGGCAACCACAUCAUAAAGGAAGGCCUCACCAUGUGGCACCAGAAACAACAUGACGACUGUUCAAAUCCCCAGUCAUCAAAGGCUGGGUGGAAUCCAGAAAACCAAGAUCUUGCUAACCUCUCAACAGAUUCUUGGGCAAGAGACCUGAUUGUGACAGCAUUGCUGCUGAUACAGUACCAUCUAGUCCAGCAGGAGAAUGCAUUGAAAGAGGCCGAAUGUGGCAGGAGCGGCAAGGCAGGUGGCACCGGGUUUGGGUUCUUGUCUCAAGAAAAAGGUGGCAACGCCUGCACACUGCCUUUAUCAAAACAGUUUGACUCGUUGAAGCAAAGUGACGACGAGCAGUCGGAGACAAAUGCCGAAAAUGACAUGUCAGGUGUGGUAGUCAUGCUCAUGCAAAAGCUCAUCAACGAGACGGUCAACAAAUUAGGAGGAAACGCUGGAACUUUGAUGGCCGACGAGGCCUACAAGAGCACUUACAAAUGCCCCGAGGGACCUGGGCCUUCAGGCGCUUCCGAAGUAGACCACUCCUACGAGGAGGCCAUUUCUGGACUGACCAAAAUGAUUCUGGAUCAGUUUGACGUCAACAGGAAGGAAGGAGGCAGCGGGCCCUUCAUUGACAACCUGGUGGAUACAGUGACCAAACUGUGUCUCAUGAUAGCCAAAUACAGCAAUCCCGAGUCAGGUCUGGGGGAUAUGGGAGAUGGGGAAGACGCUUGCGGGCCUCUGUAUGCAAAGGGCACAGAUUCUGCAGAAAGCCGAAUAGGGUCAGGGGAAGACACGGUGUCUGGCCGCAAAGUGGUUGUAACCAACCAGAAUGCUCCGGAGAACAUUCAAAACAAGCAGCUUCAAGCCAUCCUUCAGUGGGUAGCAGCCUCUCAGUUGAACGUCCCCGUGUUGUACUUCAUGGAUGAUGAUGAAGAGACCCUGAAUAAGGUAAAUGGGAAGAAACUAGUGGGGGCAUUUGCGUGGGAUGGUAUUAAGUUGUGCAUGUUAUUGCAAGAAGUUUUGUUGCCUCUGUAUUUCCCUGAUAUAUCACAGAUAACCUUUCAGGGUUAGGGCAGGGGUAUUGGGGAGUCACCUUCCAAUUUCGAUUACUCUCCCUCUUGCCCAUCCCCUUCUUUCAUCUCUUUUCCUCCUGCUGCAACCUCUCCUUCUGCUCAUGCAGAAAAGAAAAUUGCGCAAAUGGAAGGAGAAAACAGCAGCUCUUUAGAACCCCAAAGAUUCCAAGUAACUCACUAAUCAUCAGUCACAGUUUUGACUUCAUUCAUUGGUGAAAAACACUGAAAGGUGGAGCAGCCAGACGGGCCUCUUCUCAUACAGACCACUUAGAAAGUUGCCUGAAUGUUUUGCUUCCUAACUUUCUUUCCAAGAAUGCUAGAGACUUUUUUUUAAAAAAAGUGAAAGCUCAGAGUCUGGGGCCCCUUGCAGGCUUGAGCCCUGGAGCAACUGCUCCAACUGCACCAUUAUAAUCGGUGCUAUUUUUCUAGAAAAAGAGGUGCCAGAACUCACCGUGAACACUUCCCUCAUUUUUUUAGAAUAGCAAUGGCAUCUACCUGAGAGAUGCAGGAACUGAGUUCUGGUUAGUUAUGGCUGAAAAAGCCCUGAUUAUAAUGUUGCCAUUGGAUGAGUUUAAUCUUGUUCAAAUGGUAUUUGGUACCAUUAGUCACAUUUAGACAUUUAGUUGAUACAGAACCACAGAACACAGUUUUCUGGUGGUUCCAGUUCUAGGUCUGUGAACGGUCCAAGAAGAUGGUAAUACUAUUUAGCCCCAUGGCCUUUGUCCUAUGGAAUCCCCUGUACUCUUUAAUAUCUACAUAAAGACACUGACAGUGGUUAUCUGGGUUUUGCGAGAAACAAAGCAAUAGUGGUGCCAAUCUUCAAGAAAGGCCAACCCGGUGACCCAGAGAACUAUAGACCCAUUAGUUUGUUAUCAAUAAAGGGAAAAAUUAUGUCUGCCACCUCUGCACUAGAUUGCCUGCCUUUCUGAAUGCUACUAGCAUCUUUACUGAGGCACAAGCUGCAUUUAGAGAGAACUGCUCAACUUCUAAUCGCUGUAUAGUUCUAUUCCACCUUGCCGAGAAAUAUUCAAGACCUCUACAAGCAAACUGUAUGUAGCUUUUAUGGCCCUAAAAAUCAGCCUUUGAUUCCAUCACCAGAGUCGAGUGAUGGGGAAAGUAGGAAAAGGUUCUGGUUGACAAUAGACUUUUCUGCCUCAUCAAGGCCCUUUAUACUAAUAGCAAGCUAUUAGUCAGAUGUGGUACCCAGGGACAGCUGUCAGGUGAAAUAUCUAUGUCUAGAGGAAUCAAACAGUGCUGUAUCUUUGCACCCUCCUUGCUUAACAUAUUUAUAAAUGACCUAGAGGAUGACCUACUUGGCCACAUGCCCAAACCUAGGGUCAGGAGGACUCCAUUACUACUGUAUGCUGAUGAUGCAGCUAUUCUGUAACGUUCCAGACCAGGAGAAACUAAGGAGGUUCAUGUCUUAUUGCGUACAGAAUGAUCUAAAAAUUAACUUUGGGGAAACUAAAAUCUUGGGUUUUGAGAAGACAUUUCCCCAAUGCAAAUGGUUACUAGACAGGCAAGCUUCCAAUACCUGGGGCUGACAUUCCAUCACACAACGACAUGGACCACCCAUAGAUCUGUGGCCCUCCAGAAAGUACAAGUUAGUCAGUUGGCCACGCUUUACUAAAUAUUCCACCUGCCACCAAAGUAAGGUAAAGGUAAAGGGACCCCUGACCAUUAGGUCCAGUCGUGACCGACUCUGGGGUUGCGGCGCUCAUCUCGCUUUAUUGGCUGAGGGAGCCAGCGUACAGCUUCCGGGUCAUGUGGCCAGCAUGACUAAGCUGCUUCUGGCGAACCAGAGCAGCGCACGGAAACGCUGUUUACCUUCCCACCGGAGCGGUACCUAUUUAUCUACUUGCACUUUGACGUGCUUUUGAACUGCUAGGUUGGCAGGAGCAGGGACCGAGCAAUGGGAGCUCACCCCGUCGCGGGGAUUCGAACCACCAACCUUUUGAUCAGCAAGUCCUAGGCUCUGUGGUUUAACCCACAGCGCCACCCGCAUCCUGCUGCCCAAUUACUAUAUGCCUUUAAUAUCUGGAGUGGAGGAAUAACAUUUGAGUUGAAUAAUCUCCAGGCUAAAUUCUUGAGGCCUCUCCUCCAGAUCUCCAGAUAUAUGCCUAACUCAGUCAAUUUUCAUGGAAUCUGGGGAAUGCCCUCUACUGACCAGGGCCUGGUGGGCAGCCUUAAAAUACCAGUUUAAGGUCAAUGUUUUCAAACUGGGCACAGGACUACUCCAACAUGUACGUAGCUCAGGACAAGUUCGUAAGGUGCUGGUCAAAGCUCAACGCCCGAAAAGCUUCCACAAUUGGGCUGUCCCCAUUUCUUCUUGAACACUUGGGCUUUGACAUAGCCUUGAAAUCACUAAAACAAAACUGUGGGCCAUUGCGUACGGUGAUCUGCAGGCCCGUUCACACUUAUCCUGCUCACCAAGAGCUGUGAGUUUACAGUAUGUUGGGACACUUUACACACCUGAAUAUCUAAAGAACUUGACAGUGAUCAACUACCGCAGACUUUUUACCACGGACAGACUGAAUAUCUUUCCUUCCGAAUUGCUUCAAGGCAGAUUUGCGGGUAUUCCUUACUCUGCUAGAUUAUGCCCCUGUACAAAUCAGGUAGAAGAAUCUAUACAGCAUAUUCCACUGGCCUGCAGACUAUACAAGCAGGUCAGACAACAAAAGAUUCUUCCUUUAAUUGCAAACCCACACAAUUUUAUGUUAGGCACCUAUUAGAGGAUAGGAUUCCAAGCAUAUCUUUGGCAGUUGCCAAGUUUCUUUCUGAGGCGAUAAGAAUCAGAAAGCACUUUGUAUUAGUUAAAGGUCUGGGAGAAGCUUAGUUUUAUCCUCAGGUAGUAUGUAUGUGUUUUGUAUUUUUAUGUACUGGAAUCUAUUUGUGGGUCUUUGGACUGCAUUAAAGAAUUGACUGACUAGGCAAUGUUCUGUUUCCAGAUGUUGUGGACUACAACUCCCAUCAGGCCCAGCUAGCAUGAGUAACGGUUAGGGAGAACAGAAGUUUAGCUUGGAAAAGCUGGAUGACCCUAUGUUGACUUACCCCUGUGCUGCAGUAUAGCAGAAGCUGGGCCUGAUUGUAUAAACUGGGCUUCCAUCUUGAGUAGAAUAUGAUUUUGGAAAUUGGCUAUUGGGCAGAUGGUGCAGGAGGGUGGGAAUGUGAAAGUUCUGGUGGGUGAAUGUGAACCAAUACCAGCGCCCCACCCACGCUCCCCAAAUAAAUCGCACUCAUCGCUGUCUUUUCCUCCCAACAGCUUCAGCAACUCUCCACAGUGGCCGUGGACAGGGGCUACAGCGUAGGAGAAGUGAUGCAGGCAGUUCUGAAGUAUGAGAAGGAAAGGCAGCUGGGGGAGGCCUUGGGCAACUUUGUGCGGCUGCCAGUUCUGGACUGGCUGCUUCAAAACCUGUGAACACGACGGCCUCUCCCUGCGCCCUCCGAGCGCAGGCUUCUCUUCCGUCACAGCAUUAAUUUCCACAGCACUCAUUUGUCAGAUAUGAUGUUAUGAGUUUUACUAAAUCUUCCCCUGCUGAGCAGUCAAAUGAAUAAAAGGAAAUACUUAAGCGGC